AUGGGAGAGCGUUAUCAACAAUGGUUGCAAAUUUUCGAGCAACUCAAUAAACAUUCACCAACCAAAGAAGAUAUCGAAUUGAUUGCUCCAUCGCAUAUCAAAGAAGAAUACUUCAAGUUGCACCCGCCAAAAAAAGUGAUUUCGAAACCGAUUCCAAAAGUGAAACUCAAGAGGUCAUUCGAUGAAAGGGAUUGCCUUCCUGAGCCAAUGUUAAAGAAACGUCGCAUUGAUGUGAUGGUUCCUUCAGGAAACAAAACACUAUUUCAGACUAGCGAUUUGCCAUUGUUAAGGCGGUCACCACGAAAGCACCCUUCAUCACUGGUUCGUCCGCCAACAUCCACGAAAAUUAAUUGUCCUUUAAAACCAGCGACAUGUCGAAGCCUAACCAAUGUGCUCAAAUCAGACAUCUCUCGAAAUGUAGACGAGCAGUCCGCAAGUUUUACAAUACCAGGAACCGAACCUUCUGCAGAUAUUGUUCAAUUGCAACCUGAUGAACAGAUAUUGCGUCGUUCUCCACGGAAACACCCUUCAUCAUAUAAUGAGGUUCUAUUAUCGCCACAAAAACCGUUAUUAUUAUCGCUACCAAUCGUUUGUCGUCGCCUAAGCAAUCUGUUGGGUUCAGUUAGUGAUAAUGAAAAUGAAAAGGAAAAUGUCAGUUUAAAUAGUUCAUUUGAACCCGUUGAUAAAGAUGAAAAUAAAAAGAGCUCCGACGAUGGUUCGCAGAAACCGAGUAAUGUAUAUGCCGAAGAAGAACAACAGCCGUUUCUAGAUGAAAAAAAAUGUUUGAAGAGGAAAAUUAGAAGAAAAAAUGAAAAUUACCGGCGCUUGAAGAUGAAAAAGAGUUAUGUACAUGGUACGUCAUUAGCGAAAAAGAAUUUCAAAAAGUGGCGAAGGGCUCGCAACAAGCGGUGA